AUGACGCUUUCUCGUAACUCGACACGCGGCUCAGUCGAUGUCAAAGUUGGGAUCGAGUGCGAGGAGAAUGCCCCAGCCCGCGACCCUCUACUGGAGCGGUACGACCUCAUCAGGAAUAAGACCCCUGAAGAACUCAAAACACUCGACAAAGCCGUUCGCAAACGUCUUGAUUGGAAAUUCUUGCCCAUGGUCUGUGCCAUGCUCAUGAUGAAUUACUUGGACCGGAUCAACGUAUCGAACGCGCGACUAGCCGGCAUGCAAGAUGAUCUUCACAUGUCCGACACCAUGUGGUCCGCCGGUAUUUCGCUUUUUUACGUCGGAUACAUCAUCUCUCAGGUUCCGGCAAACGUCAUCAUUGCGAAAGGCAAGCCGCGAAUUUUGCUUCCAUGCUGUAUGCUCGGGUGGUCUGUCACCACCUUAUGUAUGCCUGCUGUCACUACCGGCUGGGGGUUCCUCUUGUGCCGCUUUGUCGUAGGCUUAACAGAGGGUCCGUUUGUCCCAGCUGUUUCUCUCAUGACGUCGUCAUGGUACACGAAGCACGAGUCUCCCCUCCGCAUGGGAAUUUGGCACGCAGGAAACACCAUUUCGCAGGCUAUUUCGGGCCUUCUAGCUGCCGGGAUCCUCCAGAAUAUGGACGACAUAGCUGGAAUGUCAGCAUGGCAAUGGUUCCUGCUACUUGAAGGCAUUGUCAGUAUCAUGAUUGGUCUAGUCAGCUUCUGGUUUAUCCCCAACUUUCCCGAGUCAACUGGCACCUAUUUCCUCACUGCUGAGGAGUCACAAAUGGCUCAGUACAGACAGACUGUGUCGGCUGGCGGUCGAGCUGAAGAUGACGAGGGAGAUUACUGGGGAGGGGUGUGGAUGGCACUCAGAGACCCAUUCACGUACUUCUUCUCUGCCAUCCACUUUUUUCUCAUCAUUGCGCAGUCUUACAAAGACUUCUUUCCAUCGAUUCUCGCCACUCUUGGGUUUGGGGACACCACUACGUAUCUCAUUCAAGCGCCGCCCCCUAUUAUUGCCUUUCUUGUAACUCUGGCAGUUUCCUGGUCAUCUGGGAGAAUGCUUGAGCAUGGCUACCACAUCAUAGUGCCAAUCCUAUUGACACUGGUUGCAUGCGUCGUGAUGAUCACAACGUUGAACGUCGGGGCCAGAUACUUCUGCAUGAUCUUAUUGGUUACUGGCCCAUUCGUCGGCCUUAACCUUCAAAUAUCUUGGGAAACAACUGUUGUACCACGACCACGGACCAAGAGGGCCGCUUUGAUCGCUAUUGCUAACUGUGUCUCGUCUGUCUCUCACUGGUUCACUCCGUACUUCUUCCUUCGAAACCAGGAGCCAUAUUAUCAGACGGGAGGCGGCGCAAUCAUUGUUGGGUGUGGGUUGACAGUAAUCUUCGUCCUCGUUACCAAGUGGUACUGUCGGAAGAAGAACAAAGAGUUGGAUGAGCAGGAAAGAGUCUCCGGUGAAUCUAAUGGAUGGAGGUUUGCAUCUUGA